GUCAUUAGCAGCGCACGUACACGAAUGUUUACAUUUUUGCGCAAAGAAGUAUUUAUGACAAAUUAUACAUUUAAUAACUGAAUGUGUGUGCAUUUAACUAUAGCAAGAUGAACGCUACUACGUUAUACGUAACUACAUGCCGAUAUACGAUGAUGGCAGACUCGGAUGAUGAGAGUACAUGGCAGGAUUUGUUCCGCUUACUGCCCUACCUAAAAAGUGCUUUAUCUUGCUGCGUCUGUGGCAACGUAUUGAUAAACCCAUUCGGAUCGUCGGAGUCAACAUGCCAGCAUCAUGUCUGUAAGACUUGCAUUGGGGGUAAAAUGCGGUUGAAACCUUCAUGCAGUUGGUGCAAAGAUUACAACAAGUAUACGCAAAAUAAACAACUUCGAAUAAUUGUUCACUGUUACAAAAAAUUGUGUGAAUAUGUUGCGAGUACAAACGUUUUUCGAAAUGCAGUGUCCGUUACUGCCAACAAUGGUGGCAUUUCAAACAUUGCACACAUGAUCCGUGAAGGUAUGAACGUUCAAGACGACUGCUCCUCACGAAAUGAAAUGGCCGAAUCAAGUUUUAAGUUAUUUUCUGGCCUUCCUGAUCCGACAACAAAUGUUGGAAAGAAAACCUAUAAGAAAAACUUUGCCUCAAACCGUGGCAGUACUGGCUCUGCGACUGGAAAUCCGCCAGCGCAAAAACUGCAACAGUACAAAGUCUCGAAAUUCAACUCCAUGUCAGCCGGGUCUUCUGCUACAUCGAACAGCAAUAGUCACCGAUCGGGUCAGUCACUGUACAGUGUGACCCUCACCAGCUAUGAGUCUCCGAAGAUCAAGAUCAAGAGGAAGUAUCCGACUUCUCCGACUAACGAAGAGGUUAAGGUAAAAAAGAAGAAGAGCCAAAAACGCGCAAACACUCAAAGUAUUGUGAGCGAAGAACAUGUUCCGUCUAAUGGCCUAGGAGAGAGCUCUAUGUCUGGCAGCGAUUCGUGCACGUCGACAGACAAGGAGGCUGAUGAGAACAGCCAAACUGACGACAAACCAAAGAAGCCGAAACCAAAGAUGAAGAAAGGUUGUCGUUGUGGCACAGCAACCCCGAGCCCAGGAAAGUUGACCUGCUGUGGCCAGCGGUGCCCAUGCUAUGUAGACGGGAAGUGCUGCUUAGACUGCCGCUGUCGCGGUUGCCGCAACCCGUUUAAGCCAGACGGUACAAAGGUUGUGCCUGAUUUCUCCGAACUAUUGGAACAAAACCUGUCCUCGAUGGCAGAGAGUUCAGACGAAUCGUGUGAAGUAGAUGUUGAUGUCUAGAUCACAGUGCAUUGAACAUCUCUUACAUCAUGUAUUGUUGCAUUGUAAAUUUCCAUUUAGAUCGUAUUCUGAAUUCAUGUGAAGUUCAUAUUGUGUUAUAUUUGUCACAUUGUUGUUUUGUCACAUUCUAAAAUUUCAUUGGUAACUAAAAUUGGUUUCAGCUAAGCUCACACUGUGGGUGGUCAGAUUAUCCUAGGUGACACAUGAUCAUUCUAAAAUUUCAAAUAUAACCACUUUUCUAGGCAUCUUCGUAAUCCAACAUCUCCUUUUCUGCUAAAAUGAUAAUUGCUGUAGAGAAUGUGUUUGAAAACUCCAAGUACAACUGUAUGCCUAAUUUAUUAGUGAAAUCUCAUGUGAUAGAUUUCUGUCUCAUUAUUGCAGUUUUGAGCAACAAAACUGUUUACAAUUUUACAGCAACAUUGAUUAAUAUAUGCCCUUUUUUCCAUUACCUUUGACUGUAAAGUGCCGUGCAAAACAGUGAUGUCUACCACUGUAAGUGCCAGACACAGUAAAAUCAUAUUAACUGGCAAGUGUAAUUAUAUCAGGAGUAAGAUAAUAUAGGAUCCUAUAUUAUCUUACUCCUGAUUAUAUGUACACUGAAAUUUUUACAGACCAAACUUAAAGUUUGCAACAAUUGAUUUAUGUGUGUGACUAGACAAUUAUAUUGUUCACCCACACUUGUAAGUAAGUCGCAAGACGAAAAAGAUUAUUUUUUGAAUGAUAGUUAAGGUACGUGUACCUAUCUAUAUUGUAUAUAAUGUGAAUUUUAGUUGUGAAAGUCACAAACGUCUUCAAUUAGGUAUAUUUUGUAUAUUGAUAUUAAAUAAUGAAGUAAAGGUAGCAUCCAUAAGACUACCAUUCUAUUAGCCAGGGUCACGUAAAAUCAAUUAGUUUGGAUAUUAGAAUUAUGUGAGCUACAUUUUAUUUAAGUGUCAAAUAAAUUGUAGCAAUUAUACAUUCAACAUGAGAAUGAUUCUUCCAUAUAGGCGUUUAUGGAAAAGUUAGGGUUGGGAACAAUUCAUAAAAUCUUAUUACAGUGUAUAUAUAGACAUUAGCUUGGCAUCGCUGUGCAAUACUGUGAUAGCGUUUUUGCAGAGCAUUAUUAGGUUAUAAAUUUCCGUAAAUGGAACAUGUUAGAUUUCUCAUGUUUGAUGUAUAAGUCGAUUGCACUUGCUUAGUUUUGAUUAAAAAAAAGGAUAUUGUGUAUUACUAGUGCAAUUACUCAGACAGCAGAGAGGGAUGAAAAACGAAGAAAAAACAUGGUAAAUUCAUACUUUGGUCUAUGUUCUCAUUGUAAUUAAUCGUAAUAGCAGUCUGUUUCUAAUUGUCUAUAUAGUCGAAAUCUUAUCUAUAAUCAUAUAUAUAGUGACAUGUAGGUUAAAAUAUGAAAAAAUCACUAACUAAUAAUUUGUUUGACUGAUUGACUAUUAUUUACUUGUAAAACUCUGGAAAAUAAAUGGACAUGUAAUAUAGACGAA